UGAAAAUAAAGCUCACUGCAGUUGGUUCGCUCGCCAGAUGCAGUCGAAAAUCGCGAGAAAAAUCAAUUUUGAAAAUCGCAUCCACGCGGAGGAUAUCUCGUGAUUCUUAAUGAAGUGGGAGAACUAUUGUGAUUUCGUGGCCGGAUGCUUCGGUGGUGCCUGUGGGGUGCUGGUGGCCCACCCCCUCGACACGAUCAAGGUGUGGCAACAGGCCUCCAACUCUUCGGUUUUUACGGCUAUCCACCAGAUCUACAACCGAAAUAAUGGGAUCAAUGGAUUUUACAGAGGCAUGUUCUUUCCAUUCAUCUCCACCGGAGCCAUCAAUUCCCUGCUCUUUGGAGUGUAUGGGAAUCACCUGCGCCAAUUAAGGAAGGUGUGCCAUAGUGACUACCAGAGGGAGCAACUGGAGUACCACAACAUGUUUAUGGCAGGAUCAGUGGCCGGUUUCAUCCAAUCCUUCAUAGCCUGUCCCAUGGAGCUGAUUAAGGUUCGACUUCAGACUCAUAGCUAUUAUAAUGACUAUCUUUAUGGACAACGGCGUACUGCAAUGGGAACUUUUAAAAGGAUACUCAAGACUGACGGAAUCUCUGGCCUUUACCGCGGACUCCUGCCCAUGAUGUGUCGUGAUGUCCUGCCUUAUGGAAUCUAUAUGCUGGCGUACCGUCAGACUGUCGAUUACCUGGAUCAGCGGGAUUUCGUACGUCGGCGUCGCAGUCAGUCGGAUGGAUCAAGUGUGAAUCUCCUCGUGACCACACUGGCAGGAGCCUGGGCCGGAGUCAUCUCCUGGGUGUGCGUCAUACCGUUCGAUGUGGUCAAGACCCUGAUGCAGGCGGAUGAAAACCACAAAUACAGAGGCAUCUUUCACUGUGUCCGAGUUCAGUACAGAGCCUACGGCUGGAGGAGUAUCUUCCGUGGCAGUUGGAUGUUGGUGGCCAGAGCGAUUCCCUUCAACGCUGCCACGUUUUUGGGCUACGAGUACGCCUUGGAGUGGUGCCAGCGGUGGAACGGUACAUAUGUAUGACAGGAAAAACACCGGAGAAAACCUAAAACACCAGGUGAUUAAGAGCUUUAACUAGUUUUUACUGAUAGUGAGCCUAAUUUGAUAGAAUAAUAAAUUCUACACCUUUUGCUAUGCCAUAUUGCACCAAAUUAAUUAUCAAAUGUGAUGUAAUUAGAAAACUUU